GUCGUCCCUGCUGUGGUUGUACCCAGCUCCACUCCCUGCCUGAGCUCCAGCAGGACCCUGAGCUUUAUCACCAUUCCAAGAUAUUGACCCAAUGCCUCUUUAUCACUGUCCACCCUGAAGUGGCCCACACUGUGGGGAAAGGCCGGGGACGUCUGAGCCGGGGCCAUGUGAUCCUGUGGGGUGAGGCCCCGGAUGGUGGGGGCCUGGUGGGUGCACCUAUUCGAAGGUUCGGCCACUGGCCCUGGCCGCACCUCCCCCAGCUGUGGUAUUUUUCUCUCACCCUCCUGGACCUGGCAUGGCGGUGUGGAGGGUGCACCAGGGGCCCAAGACACUGGCCCAGGCUGUACACCCAGGGCCAGGCUGUCAACACUGCCUUGCAGUCGGUGCCCCACUCCAGGGUGGGGUUGGCAGAAGAGCGAGGAGGCACUCUUGUAGAAAGAGGAACCGGGCAGGCUGAGGAGGAGAAGGGGGCCCCUGGGUCACGAGGCCCCAGCAGGGCCGGAAAGGACUCUCCACCCCCAUCGCACGGGACAAGGGGUAUUCAAAGCUGGAGGACAGACCCAAGUAACAUAGGGACUGCUGCGUUUCUGCCUCAGUUUCCCCUCUGCAUGCAACCGGGCACCUCACUCCCAAGGGUGUGUGCUGGAGCAGGGAUCCUGCAGUGCCUGGGGGACAGAAGGUGAGCACCCCCUCGGGGUCCAUGUGCCCGCCCGAGGCCCAGGCGGAGGUGGGCCCCACCAUGACCGAGAAGGCCAAGAUGGUGUGUGCUCCCAGUCUGGUGCCUGCCCCGCCCCCAAAGCCUGCCUCGCCUGGGCCCCCAAAGGUGGAGGAGGUGGGCCACGGAGGCUCCUCCUCACCACCCAGGCUGCCCCCUGGCGUGCCAGUGAUCAGCCUGGGCCACACCAGGCCCCCAGCGGCAGCCAUGGCCCCCACAGAACUCAGCACCCUCCGUCCCCCACUGCUGCAACUCUCUACCCUGGGAACCGCCCCACCCACCCUGGCCCUGCAUUACCACCCUCACCCAUUCCUCAACAGCCUCUACAUUGGGCCAGCAGGACCUUUCAGCAUCUUCCCUAGCAGCCGGCUAAAGCGGAGACCAAGCCACUGUGAGCUGGAGCUGGCUGAGGGGCAUCAGCCCCAGAAGGUGGCCCGGCGUGUGUUCACCAACAGUCGGGAGCGCUGGCGGCAGCAGAACGUGAACGGCGCUUUCGCUGAGCUCAGGAAGCUGCUGCCAACGCACCCGCCCGACCGGAAGCUGAGCAAGAACGAGGUGCUCCGCCUGGCCAUGAAAUACAUUGGCUUCCUGGUGCGGCUGCUGCGCGACCAGGCGGCGGCUCUGGCCGCAGGCUCCGCCCCUCCAGGGCCCCGUAAGCGGCCGGCGCACCGAGGCCUGGACGACGGCGGUGCCCGUCGCGGGCCGUGUCGCAGGGCCGAAGUAGUGGCGCGCCCCCAACCCGCGCCUUCCAGCGGCCCCGACAGCAGCCGCGGCGGGGCGGGCCGACCCAUCAAGACAGAACAAGCGGCUGUGAGCCCAGAGGUGCGAUGACCUCCACGGUGUCGCCUCCGAGCCGAUGGGCACUGGGAAGUCAGCUCAGGGCCAUCUAGGAAGGGGCGGACGACGCGCUCGCAGGGCCUGAUCUGGAUCGAACUCCCCCGAAGAAGGACCAGUGAGGAGUCCCCUACAGAGGAAAGGGCCCCCCGCGGUCCCGAAGGGCGACCGUCGUCGCCCCCAGGGGCUUGAAGACCCUUUUAUCGCCCACGGCCCGCUGAAAGUGGCCUUGUCCGCGUACCCCUUCCGCGGGGUGAGGUCCGGGAACCAACACACCAGAGCGGCCAUUGGACCCAAAGGGGGCCUAAUUUUUCCGAGCUGAGGUCACCGAGGGGGUUGAGAAGGGGCCUGAGACCACGCCGCUUUCUCACUGGCGCCCCCUCCCGGAGACUUGAGAGAUCCGCACUCCUCGACGGUGGCGGUGGCCGGCCUGGCUCGAGGCUGUGAGGCGCGGAAUCCACGCGGCGACCCCAUCCCACCGACCCCGAACCUGUCCCGCACGACUGCGUUAGCGAAGGCUCGGGCGCUCUUGCUUUUGUUUUUCUUUAUUUCUUUAUUUCACAUACACAUUAGCCAUUCAAUGGAGAAGCCGGAGAGAGUCAGGCAAAGAUGGUAUAACAGAAGCGCAGUGACGGGGGCGGG